GUCCCGCGCACCUGCCUCGCACCAGAUCCUCUCCUCUGCGCCCAGAUCCCGAACCAUCAUGCCCCUACGCCCCUGCUGCUGCACCGAACCAGCCCUUGCCGUCUGCUACGCCGAACCCCACGUUGCUUGCACACCUGCACUCUGCGCCAGCAAUCAUGCCCUCUGCACCGAGUCAUGCCCCUGCCUCUGCUCGCUACAGUACAUGCCAGAAAAUCUUCAUCAUUAUUGAUUGACAGAGCAAGGCCUUUUUUCAUUAUUUAUUAUUUAUUUUAUCUUUUAUUUGGGUAUAUAUAUAGAAAAAAAAAUCAGAUUGAAGAGGGGGUCGGUAUUGAUUUUAGGGGGUUGGUUUUGGGUAUUGAUUUUGGGUCUGUUUGCUGGGAGUCUCGUCUGAGUUUUGAGAGCAGAAGAAGGAAAUUCUGAGGAGAAGAGUGGGGGUCUUUUGCUGGUUGAUUUUGGAGUUUAGUUUAGAAAGAAGGUCGACUCUGCUCGCUGGAGGUGGGAAAACAAAAGUGUAUUCUUGCUUUAGGUAAUCUCCUGAACAGAGGGAUUUUUGGGAAGGGGUAGUGAAGGAGACGAACGGAGCCUGGUCCCGUGGGUGGGAUCCCUCCCUUCCGAUCUGGAUCUACCUCCACCUAAAAAUUUCGCCGUGGGUGUUUCUGUUAUUUUCUGUUAAUUUUGUUUAGAUCUGGGUUUAAGUUUGUAUGUGUUUCGUUGGAAAAUGAAUGAAAAAUCGAAAA